AUGCUCAGUUACGCCAAUCACACCGACGACAUCAAUCGCGACGCGGAUUCGAGACGCUUCGCAGAUAUUCUGGUGAUUUUCGCCGUCCUUUACAUGAUCACGCUUUUCCUGUGGGUGUGCCUGAAGUACGAUGUGAUUAGACCCAUCCGCGCCUCCGCGCCCGCGGGGGCUCCUCAGGCUAGGUCAGGGCAGCAGACGCAGUCAAACCCGGGAACGGAGGCCGAAACCCUCACUCAUUCUCAACCGGAUUCGGGAGGAUCAGUUCAGAGGCCGCCUCCAUUGGCGGGAGAAUCUGUUGAACUCGAAUCCCCGCCGACCACUGCAAUUCAUAACAAAGUCGACAAUGACAUAGACCAAGCGAAGCCCGAAUGCCGUGGAACUGAGUGA